AGAUCGCGUUGCUCGACAUUGACGGUCGUGAGGUGGCACAAACUCUCUUGACUUUCAUAUUACGUAAGCACCACAACGUUCACCUAUCUGAUCAAAAAACACUGUACCUUUUUGGCCUUUACACUGUCAUGGAUUCAUCUAAUACAAAGGAUACUGAGAAGACUUGCGUACUUUGCUGCCAAGAUGUCGAUAUAUUUGCUUUGGGAAAAUGCGACCACCCGGUCUGCUACCGCUGCUCUACCAAGAUGCGGGUGUUGUGCGAUCAGAAGUACUGCGCCGUCUGCCGGGAAGAGCUCGACAAGGUGGUGUUUGUGAAUCGACUGGCAGCCUUCUCCACCCUGCCCUUCCAACAGUUUCACUGUGAGCAGAGCCAUGAUAUCUACUUCGGCGAUGCCCAGAUCCACACCCAAUUCAGGAGGCUUCUCCUGCCAGAGUGCCCCCACUGCCCGGAGCCAAAGGUCUUCCCGCGGUUGGAGGAGCUGGAGCAGCACAUCAGGAAACAGCAUGAGCUCUUCUGCUGCAAGCUCUGCACCAAACACCUCAAGAUCUUCUCCCAUGAGCGGAAGUGGUACAACCGCAAGGAGCUGGCGAGGCACCGUGCGCACGGCGACCCUGAUGACACCAGCCACCGCGGCCACCCGCUCUGCAAGUUCUGCGACGACCGCUACCUCGACAACGACGAGUUGCUCAAGCACCUGCGGCGCGACCACUACUUCUGCCACUUCUGCGACGCGGACGGCGCACAGGAGUACUACUGCGACUACCAGUACCUGAGCGAGCACUUCCGCGAGAGCCACUACCUGUGCGAGGAGGGCCGCUGUGCCACGGAGCAGUUCACGCACGCCUUCCGCUCAGAGAUCGACUACAAGGCACACAAGGCCUCAGCGCACAGCAAGAACCGCGCCGAAGCCAGGCAGAACCGGCAGAUCGACCUGCAGUUCACCUACGCCCCGAGGAUGCAGCGGAGGAACGACGGUAUGUUGACAGGGGAGGACUAUGAAGAGGCACGGCAAAGUCGUGGAGGAGGACGAGGAGGAGGAGGAGGCGGUGGAGGAGGGCGGCCUUAUGGCGGGCAGCAGAAGAGUUGGAGAUACAACCGGGAGGAGGAGGAGCGGGACAUUGCAGCCGCAAUGAGGGCCUCCAUGGCGGUGCGGCGGCCAGAGGAUAGGGGCCCUCCUGCCCAAGACCGCGGCCCCCCGCAGAGACAACGCAACGAUGAGAGGAUGGACAGGAUGGAUCGAACGGAGAGGAUGGAGAGGCCGGAGAGAAUGGAGAGGCCGGAGAGAAUGGACAGGACUGAGAGGAAGGAGAGAAUGGAUAGGCCAGAGAGAAUGGACAGGACUGACCGGACAGAUAGGCCAGAGAGAAUGGACAGGACUGACCGGAUAGAUAGGCCAGAGCGGAAGGAAAGAAUGGACAGGACUGACCGAAUGGACAGGACUGAGAGAAUGGAUAGGCCAGAGAGAAUGGAUAGGACUGAGAGAAUGGAUAGGCCAGAGAGAAUGGAUAGGCCAGAGAGAAUGGAUAGGACUGAGAGAAUGGAUAGGCCAGAGAGAAUGGAUAGGACUGAGCGAAUUGACCGGACAGAGAGGAAAGACCGGACUGAGCGAAUGGAUGCAGAUGAGCUCAGACACAGAGCCGGGGCGAUCAAAAAUAACCCAGAACCUCCAGUGAGAACCAUGAAGAGUAAAAAUCCAUUUGGGGAGGAUGAUGAUUUCCCAGUGUUGGGGGUGCCAGUUUCUACACCCAUACCAAGCUCCAAGCCAGCCCCUGUCACGGCCCCCCGCGGGCCCCUGAAGGAGGACGACUUCCCCACCCUCUCGGGCGCCCCCCCUCGCGGGACCCUGAAGCAGGACGAUUUCCCCAGGCUCUCGGCGGGCCCCCCCCGCGGGCCCCUGAAAGAGGACGACUUCCCCAGCCUCUCUGCUGCCACCUCGGCGGUAACGUCGCCCAUGACCCCGGCCUACACGGCCCCGCCGAGAAACUCCUCCUCCUUCCAGGAAGAUGAUUUUCCCGCCCUGGUGUCAAAGCUCCGCCUCCAGAAGCCUAGCGGCGGCUCUGCCUCCGCCUGGUCGUCCCACGGCAAGCCUGUGCCCCCCACCCGAGCCAAUCACGGCCCCCCACCUCCAGAAGCCUUCCCUGCGCCUGCUCCCCCCGCCGGGCUCCAGCCCCUCUCCUCCUCCUCCUCUUCCUCUGCGUCCGUGGCGAUGUCCUCGCGGAGGAAAAAGCGAGGGGGGGAGACUGCCCGGCCCGCUGCCGCGCCCCAGCGCUCCUCUUCCGACGAAGAGGACGGCGGGCUCACUCAGCGGGAGUUCCGCACCGUGCCCACCAUGUUGGACAUAUCCUCGCUGCUUACCGUCAAGAGCGGGGGCGGCGUUAGCGGCGGCGGCGGCGUUGGCACCAGCAUUAGCGCCGGUGUCGGCGGGAGACCUCAGGCGCCGCCCGCCACCGACUCCUCAGACGCAAUCCCCGGCCUCGCAGCCCCCAAAGCCGGCAAGAAGAAGAAAACGCAACAGCAGCAACCCCAACCGCAGCCGCAGCAGAAGAACACUAACCUUCCCGCCACGCCGUCCAAGACGGCCACUUCAGCGACGAAGACGAAGGCCAAGGCGACGGUAGCGCAGAAGGAGAACGUCCCCGAGAAGAGCAAGAACAAAGCGGCGCCCGCCCCAGCGGCGACCGUCACCGCAGCGCGGACGGGAACCCCGAGCCAACUGACCAACGGGUACGCGGAGACGGCGUUCACGCCGGCAACCAAGAAGGCGAGCGCCUCCCCAGCCGUGACCCCCCACCCCUUCCCAGAACCGCCUCCGGCAGACGAGGAAGAUUUUCCUGCCCUCGUCACCAGGAAACCCCCGCCAGGGUUCAAGAGCUCCUUCCCGCUGAAGGCUACGGCGCCCCUGGCCGCAGCCCCCCCCUCCUCUGUCGUGCCCCCCCUCCCUCCCCCGGGCCUGGCCGGCGGCCCCAGCAAGUCCCCGCCGCCGGGCUUCACCGGCAUCCCCCUCAACAGCAACGUGGUGGAGCCGGCCCCCCCGCCCCCCCAUCGGCCGGCCCAGCUGCUUGACAGCUACAUGGUACCGGAGAACUUCCAGCAGAGGAACCUGGAGCUGAUCCAGUCCAUAAGGAACUACCUCCACAAUGACGAGUCCCACUUCAACCAGUUCAAGAACUUCUCGGGACAGUUCCGACAGGGUGUGAUGUCUGCCGCCCAGUACUACCGCAGCUGCAAGGAGCUGCUGGGGGACAACUUCCAGCGCAUCUUCAAUGAGCUGCUGGUGCUGCUGCCGGACACGUCCCGACAGCAGGAGCUGUUGGCCGCGCACGGGGACUCCAGGGCUCUGGAGAAGCAGUCCACGGGAGGCGGAGGCGGCGUGGGUAAGAAGAACAAGAGCAAGCGCAACGCGUGGCAGGCACCGCCCACCGCCAACGGCGACACGGCCAUGCUAGCCGAGCUGGACUGCCGGGUGUGCCCCACCUGCAGACAGGUGCUGGCGCCCAAGGACUUCAACUCCCACAAGACCUUGCACCUGGGCGAGAGCGAGGACUUCCCCUCUCUGCAGUCAAUCAGCCGCAUCAUCAGCUAGCGCCCCCCCCCCCCCCUUCCCAUCUCCCUUGGCGCCCUCCUGUCCUCUCCUAUGGCUGCGACCCCAACCCCCACAUACCCUCCACCCCUCCAACAGCAGGCUUGCGGAGCGUGGAGAAAGAGCUUGAGUCGGGGGUGACGACGUUUAAAGGCAGGAUCUGUUUCAGGUCUGUGCCCGGACUGACGGGACUGAAGGAUGGAAGGGUUGCCCGAUCUCUGGCGUGAAACAACAAGCGUCUUUUGCAAUGGAGACGCUUAACGGGCACAUCUUUUAGGCGGUACGCCUGCUCAGCACUCAAGAGAAACAACACACGCCUAAACGAAGGCUUACUUGAAGAGUUCACUAGAAUGCUCCUACAAUUUCAUCCCUGUAAAAUGCUUUAACUCGGUUCCCCCCCCCCCCGGCUUUCUUACCACACCUGUUUUUCUACAACUAAAAAUAAGGAGAGUAAGCAAAUAAUAACGGUAGUUGCAGAAUCGGAAGUAGCAGUUUGAAGUGACAAAGAAGGUGUAACUUUGUAACUUGUAUGGGCAACAUUUAAGGGGUGGUCCAAGAGAAGUAGUUUAUUCCUUGGUAUGUUCUCAAGCUUGGGGCACAGGGACACCACUGUUUGAGGUCCUCUCAUUCCCUAGUCCAAAGCAUUACCCCCAUCUCCCCGUCAGAUAUUGACGGUUGGUUAAUUUAUAUCGGAUAUUAGAUUGGUUUUCCCGCUUUAACGGUUGUUUUGUUCCCCUGAGCCUACGUUUUGCUGCUUUUAUUUUUGCUCAGGCUUCAAAUUAGAAACCCCAGGUGAGGGGGGGGGGGGGGCGGGGGGGGAGUCAAUAAAUGUUCUUCGCUAAACCAAUUAAAAGCGUUUUCCCGCCAGCUCUCCCCUGCAUGUCUCCGCCUGUUGUAUUCUCACUGUCCUCCUCAGGGGUCCGUCACUCACUACACAUACUGUCUGUACAGGAAGUUAGGAAAUAAUACUUGUAUGCAAAAACGAAUUCCUUGUGCAUUUUCAGUGAUUUUCUAUGACCAAUGAAUGGGAUGGGUUCUGAUUAUUUAACUAACUUCCCAAACAUCAUUAUGUGGGAUUAAGAUCUUUUUUUUCUAUGAACAAUAAAUUAAAACUUGCCGAGAUCGCUUUCAACCACU